AUGGCGUCUCUUCGGCUAACGACAGCCGUCCAGCUGCUGCUACUCGUCGCCAUAUUCGCCUCGUUACCCGUCGAGCCCCGUGCUGAGACUCCCCGCCGCGAGCUUAAAAUUCUGAAAGACCUCGUCGGCCGGUAUGCGCUCAACACAACCGGCACCAAUGUGACCAGAGUUCUUCUGUCGUUGAACGUCUCGAACCCGUUGCGCUCCAAGAAACCUUCGGACUACAUAAUCAGCUUUGAGGCGAGCAUCGAGAUGACUGAUAACGCGCUGACAGUCACGGAUCCGCCGACCUUCUUCAUGGUCUUUUCCAACGGUCAUCUCUACUACCUCAACAGCGGCACCACCUGGACGCUCAACCAGGAAUACGUUCAGACGUGCACUCCUAACCCUGACUACGUUGCACCGGGUUCGAUCGGAGCUCCUGAAGCCACUGAUGGUACAAGUACUGAUGGAACUGGUGGGACUGGGACCGACGGCACAACCGAUGUUCCCGCUGAGAUUUGUGUCGACACUCUCGUGAAAACCACGCACAUUCUCGAACCGUCGGUUUUCACAGGUCGUCGGAGCUAUUUCAGCAAGAAAGACUACAUGUGGACGGAUUGGAACAUGCUGGGCUGCCCGGAUAUGUAUUUCCGGUUUGGGAUUCCAGUGCGGGGGCGCGUCUCCGGGCUGCUUGCGAAGAUCGCCUAG